CCUCUUCCGCGCUCGGAGGGGCCUCCAUUUUGUCAGUAAAGCAGGAGGCUGGUAGAGGACGAACUGUGCUCUGUGAGUCGCUCGUGGGCAGUGUUUGAUCCGCGAAUCGUUUCUCCCUGUUAAGGGAGGGAGGUUUGGAGGUCGAGAGGGAGUUGCCGCCACCGCCCGAACUCGAAGUCGCUAGGACUUCUCUCAGACUUGUGUGCUGAGGAGACUCGAUGUUGGCCUCAGCUCCUAGGCUGAAAUCAGCAGAUUGGCUCAUGAAAACUUAUGUAUUGAGACAAAGGAAAGGAUCUAGCAGAAAGCAACAUCUCUUAUCCUGGGCUUGGCAGCAAGGAAGAGGACAAGUAGUGGAGAUCCUGCAAUCUGAGAAGCAGACUGAAAGGUGACAAAGAAGCUCAAGAUGGGUGGUGGAGAGAGGUAUAACAUUCCAGCCCCUCAAUCUAGAAAUGUUAGUAAGAGCCAACAACAGCACAACAGACAGAAGACCAAGGAUCAGAAUUCCCAGAUGAAGAUCGUUCAUAAGAAAAAAGAAAGAGGACAUGGGUACAGUCCAUCGGCAGCUGCAUGGCAGGCCAUGCAGAAUGGGGGAAAGAACAAAAGUCUUUCUAACGACCCAAAUUGGAAUGGUAGCUUAACAAGUCCAAGCUUGCUUUUUAAGUCUCAGGCUAACCAGAACUAUGCUGGAGCCAAAUUUAGUGAACCACCAUCACCAAGUGUUCUGCCCAAGCCACCAAGCCACUGGGUUCCUGUUUCAUUGAACCCUUCAGAUAAGGAAAUAAUGACAUUUCAACUUAAAACCCUACUUAAAGUACAGGUUUAAAUCUAAGUACUAAUUUUAAGUUUUGUGAUGUUCACAUGUAGCCAUGAGUUGGUUUGACUUUAGAGAAUUUUUAUAAAACUAAUUCACAACUAUAAGCAGAUAUCUGAUUUAUGUCCUAUGUACACUAUAUUAUAAUAGUGUCAUAAUUUAAGUAGCUAUUCCUACUUGGUAGUUUUGCUAACCAAAUUCAAGCUUAGAUUUGGAGAACAGUAACCAGCUUUUUAUUGUCUAGUGGAAAACAAAAAAAGGAAAUCAGACAGUAAGCAUUUAGCUAAUAAGAUAUAAAGGCUGCAAACAAGGCGCGUAGUUCAAUUACAUGUUCUAGAAACACCCAAACCCUAACACCACAGGCAUCUUUUCAAAUAGCUGCCUCUUAUUGGAAUGAGGUGAAGUAGAUGAUAGUGGUCAUUUCUUAUGUACUGGAUAAGCAUCAUAUACCAAAUCUUUUACAUUUCUAUUCAGUAGCUUCCUACAAAGCUUGCUUGAAGCAGGGAGUUGUGUAUGUGAAAAUUAAAUACCUAGGGAAGAAAAGAGCCAUGUAAAUACAUGUAAUAAGCUUGUAACAUAUGUAAAGUUUUCCUUCCCUUUAUUCUGCAAAAAAAAAAGCAAACUUAUUUUUGAUGUGAAUUUGCUGGUGAAUAUAAGACUAUGAACUGUUUUUAUACUAUGGCCUAAUUUUAAAGGUCUCCAGUUUUCAAAAGAUUGCCCUUGUGCUUAAGUGCCAGUGUAUCGAUGUAAGUGGUGUGAUUGUAACCCAUACAAAGUGAAUCUGUUGUAUUAAGUUUUUAUAUUGAAAGGCUUUAAGCUGCCAAGACAUUUCCUGUUUUUAAAAAGAGAUGUAAGAUGCAGCCAGAUUUUCUUCCUGAUCUUUUUAAACCCAAAGAUUCAUUGCCUUUAUCAAAUCAUAAAAGUGAUGAUUUAAGUGUGACCCAGGAUUAUUUAUGCAAAGCAAUCUCUAGCACGUUAGCCCAAACACAAGUUACUUUUCAGUGCUUGAGCAAAAUUACCAAUUUGUAUUUCCUCAAUUAAGUUCAGACCAGAUACUGCCCAAAUCAAGAGUAUACUAAAGGACAAGUUCAUAAAAUUAUGAUCUAAUUUUGAAGUAUGAAAUUAAAAAAUAAAACUUUUCCUCCCCAGUAGAUUGUUUUGAUUGAAAUGAUUUGCGGCUGCCAAAUUUCGGGAUAUGACUGUUGGUCAGUGAGGCUACUGCUUUGCUUGCUGGUUGUUAAAUUGGACCUUUCUUCUGAGAUUAAAGGUGUGGAUCAACGUACCCAGCUCCUCUACACUUUCCUACAGUGCUAACAGCAAAAAACCCAAAUAACUUGUGCAACCUUACAAAUGUUGAGUUUAAAACAGUUUAAUAAAAAAUUUCCCCAUUUCAUGAUUAUUCACAGAAAAUUAACAGGAAUCGAGAGUAUGUAGGCAGAGGCAGCUAGAUAGUUUGAGGCUCCAAGACAGCAAGACCUUGCCUCAAAAAACCUGUAAGUCCACUACUUAGGAGGCAUAAACACCAAAAUAUAAAAAGCACUCAUGAAGUCUGGUAGCCACAUACUGAGAAGCUUUCUUGUAUUUUGGUGUCAACGUGUAGUGUUGUCUCCAUGACAACAACCUUAUUUUAAGUCUAAGUACAAAGUGCAUGUAUGAGGAUUUCAGAUGGUUCUAAAUUUUGCAGCUCGGGCAAUGGCUAAAUCAAAUAAUAAAGCUCUAACACCUCAGAAACAAAAUUGUCUACUCAGGCAGUCAUACCUGUAAGGUAUAACGAAGUCUAUAGAAAAAAGCAAGAAUUUUUUUUAAAAGCA